GAAAAGAUAGGAAGAAAGAAAAAGUCCCUCCAAAAAUGUCUUCCAUGCGUAACGCCGUCCAGGUAGCCCCUCCUCUUCCCCCUCCCUUCUCACUCCUAUACUGGCUAAUCAUCCACAGCGGCGAAACCACAAAGAACGCUCCCAACCCUCCUCCCGCCAAAAAUACGGCCUCCUUGAAAAGAAAAAAGACUACGUCCUGCGCGCCCGCGACUUCAACACUAAGAAGGCCAAACUCAAGACCCUCAGGCAGAAGGCCACGCAGCGCAAUCCCGAUGAAUUCUACUUUGCAAUGGUCAACGCCCGCACACGGGACGGCGGAAUCCACCUCGCACCGCGGCAGGACGAGGGCCCGCUCAGCAAUGAUGUGGUAAAGUUGUUAAAGACGCAGGAUGCGGGGUAUUUGCGGUUACAAAGCGCCGUGGAGAGGAAGAAGAUUGAGAGGUUGGGGGAGAGAUUGGUGUUGAAGGAUAAGGGUGGGGAUGCAGGCACGGGAGGGGGAGGGAAGCAUGUGGUCUUUGUGGAUGGAGAAGAAGAGGCGAGGGGGUUUCGGCCCGAGGUUUAUUUUGGGACUACAAAGGAGAUGGUCGAGAGGAGGUUUAAUAGGAUGAGGAAGGAGCAAGUUGAGGAUAUUGAGGCUAAAAAGAAGGCUGCUGGGGAGGGGCUGAGGAAGAGGAGGAAGAGCGCUGGGGAUAUUGAGGCGGAGAAGGCAAGGAGAAAGGAGGAAGCACUUGCGAAGAGGAAAUUGCAGAGAGCGAGGGAAGGGAAGGAACGGGAAUUAGAGGCUCGCAAGCAUCGGGAGGCCGAGUUGAAACAAGCUGAGCGAGAGUUGGAGUUACAGAGGGCUAGGAUGGGUAAAGGUGGGAUGGUGAAGAGGAACAAAUGGGCGAGGGUCAGGAAGCGAUAAACGCCUAACCCCCGGCCACACCCCUUUCUACAUCCUAGCGCCAUCCUUUAUUUUAUAUAUAUUUCCCCAACCUUCUAUUGUACAGUCCAUAAUUCACCUCAAAAGUUCGAUCAAUAAUUUAGAAGCCAUUCCUAAAAGCCAACCAGCUGGCAUCUAAACUCAACCUGUGUGGGGGAGCGCACCCCGUCCAAAAGAAGACAUCUUUGCAAAAAGUGAAGAAAGCGGAAGGAAGGAAGGAGAAAGGGGAAAGGAUAAAAUAAUAGAAAACUCCAACACCCUCCUCUUUUCUUUUCACUUGGACAAAUUCCUCUGCACUGUCUCCCUGAGCUUCUCAAUAACCUCCUUAGGAUUCUGCGCCCCAAACACUGCCGUCCCCGCAACAAUCACAUUGGCGCCGGCUUCCGCUGCCUGGUCAAUAGUUCCCAAUCCCAACCCGCCAUCAACCUCGAUAUCCAACUCCGGAUAUUUCUUCCUGAGAGCCUCUACCUUAGGCAUGCACUCGGGACGGAACUUUUGUCCUCCGAAGCCCGGUUCUACCGUCAUUACUAGUACCAUCUGUAUAACUCGGGUUAGUCCAAAGGAUGAUAGACAUAUAGACAUAUAGGGGGGAAACGAACAUCAGGCUUCUCCCCACUCCCGUCCAAAAGCGGAUACAAAACAUCAACCUCUGUACCAGGCUUAAUCGCAACGCCCGCCUUCAACCCCAACGCAUGAACAUUCCUGAUCAAUUCGGUGGACGGGGUCUUGGGAUCCUUCGACGUCUCCGCCGCUUCGUAGUGGAAGCAGUAAAGAUCGCACCCAGCAUCUUUGAAGUCCUGGAGCCAUUUUUGCGGCUAUGCGCCACACUCCAUUAGCACAUCUCCGCUUGUGGGGAGGGAGGAAAUAGAGAGUACCUCAGCAACCAUCAUAUGGCAGUCAAAAACACCUUUCGCCCAAUCCUCGCUUUUGCCAACGCUGUGGCGGAUGCAGGUUACCACGGGCGCGCCGAUGGUGAUGUUCGGGACAAAGUGCCCAUCCAUUAUGUCGAUGUGUAGCCAGUCUGCACCCUCCGAUUUGAUGAUCCGGGAACACUCGUGCGCGAGGUUGCCGAAGUCAGAGGCGAGGAUUGAGGGAGCAAUGAUGGGUUUUGGCGCCAUUUCUUUUUUUCCCGUCCUUUUCCUUUUUCCACUCUUGCCUUUGGGGGGGAGGGGAGGUGGUGGUGGUGAAUUGGGGUGGGAGUUAAAGUUGAAGAUGAAGUUGUGAUUGAGGUUGAGGUUGAGGUUGGUGAGGAUUGAAAUUGGUUUGGCGGGGUCAAGAUUGGGUUGGCGGGGUAGACUUGGAUGGAUACGGCGCGCCGUGAGUAUAUGAUAGUAUUAUAGCAGUAGCAGGCAAAACCCCCACCCACCCCGCCCUGCCCCAUGGUGAAAGAGGACCAACCAUUUACGCCUCCUUUGUAGGUAUCGGGUGGGUAAAAAAAAAAGCUUUGGUAUGAUAUGAUAGGUAGAAUUAGACACCAGUACUACCGUAAAUUAUGAUACUUACUGAGUUAACAAGGGUAUGGUGUGACACCAUAACCAAACUGAGAUAUGGCACCACAGCGAGGAUAAUAUGAUUCCGUAUCAUACGGUACGAGUACAGUACUGGACACUUGGGACCAACCUUCCGUACGGUACAGCACCCGUGCGUAUAAGUAAAUGGAGGAAUCAUUUUCCUCCACUCGAUGCUCUCUCAGUCGAGAGACAAUGCUCAUAGAAGUACCAUGGGUAGAGAAGUGUAAAUUUUGGGUGGUUGUGUGUAGAAUCCCCCUCGGUCGUUUCGGGUGCGAGACUCCGUCCGAACUUAAACA